AUGGACCCCGAGGACCAGCUGGGCCCAUGGGCCCUCCUGGAGAACAAGGCCCUCGAGGAUCAAGAGGAGAUAAAGGAGAGAAGGGGAGCCCUGGUCCUCGAGGGAGAGAUGGUGAACCUGGGACCCCCGGGAACCCUGGUCCUCCUGGACCCCCUGGACCUAACGGACCUCCUGGACUCGGAGGGACCCCUGACCCUGUGGACCCCUGACCCUGGAGACCCCAGACCCUGGAAACCCCUGACCCUGUUGACCCCUGACCCUGUUAACCUCUGA